AUGAAUUUGAGCCUUGCUUCAAUAUUGUAUCGAGAAGGAUUUGAUUCUUUAGUCCAACGUGGAAAUCAUGUUAAACCUGAUGAUCAACCUAUUCAGACAACACCAGAAAACAUUCCGACCCAAAGAUAUCGGCUUAAACUUAAAUAUUCUGAUAAUCGGCCAGUGUUAGAACAGAUGAAAUGUGUUAAUAAAGGUUCCCAAACUAGUUUAUAUGAAUCAAAAGGUGUUUUGGAAAUUAAUAGUGAGUAA